GUAAAUUCGACUGUUUAUACACAUAUAUAUGGACAUAAUCAUCCUAUCCGUCAUAGUUCACAUAACAACACUAAUAUCAGAAGAUAGGAUUACGUAAAGAUGAAAGUUACCGUGCUUCUGCUGGGAUUAGCUGUCUAUGUGAGUGGUGUGCCGCAGCAAGGCGGAGAGCCCAUCCCGAUCCUCAGACAGGACCAGGAGAUUGAUUUUGAUGGAUCGUAUAAAUAUAGCUACGAAACAGCUAAUGGUAUCGUAGCCGAAGAGCAGGGCUACCUAAAGAACGCAGGCCAGCCAGAACAGGAAGCCCAAGUAGCCCAGGGUCAGUUCCAGUACACUUCACCCGAAGGUCAAAUCAUUCAACUGACGUACCUGGCCGAUGAAAAUGGCUUCCAACCCCAAGGAGAACAUCUUCCUACCCCACCACCGAUUCCACCGGCAAUCCAGCGGGCGUUGGAUUGGAUCGCACAGCAACCACCAUCUGCUGAAGAACAGAGCUAUCAAAGGAAGAAAAAGUGAAGCGUG